AUAUAGUUUCUCACACCUUGCUGGCAACUCUGCGAAAAUGGUUGUAACGUGUGAGAUCAGCUUCGAUAAUAACAAGCAGCGCGUCUUCUAUGCCGGCCAGCUCGUGAGCGGUUGUGUGACUUUAAAGUCCGAUAAAGUGAAGGAAGUGCAAGCCAUACAACUUAAGAUUGUGGGCUAUUCUGUAACAAAAUGGUCCGAAAGGCACAGAGCGACGACCAAACUAUAUGCAGGUCGGGAGGAUUAUCUAUCGUCCGUCACAUAUUUGCUGGGCUCCGAGCAGAACACUGACAGACUCACCAUAAGUGCGGGCGUUCACACCUACAACUUUGCCUGCCAACUGCCCUAUCAGUGUCCUUCGUCCUUUGAGGGACGCUAUGGCUGCAUACGCUAUAUAGCCAAAGUGGAGCUGCUGCGGCCCUGGAAGUUCCAUCAGGCCUACACGCACGGCUUCACAGUGCUCAAGAUGAUGGACUUGAACUUCGAGACGCCACAGCUGAAGUUGGCUGCCCAUAGCGAGGGUUAUCGCACGUUCUGCUGUGGCCCCUGCAAGACAGAGCCGCUAAAAAUGGAGCUGCAUCUGCCGCAAGCGGGCUACGUGCCCGGACAACGCAUUCCCGUGACUGUGGUGGUCAUAAAUAAUACCGGUGUGGCUGUUUCGGAGCUGCGUCUCUCGCUCGUCAUGCUCAUUCGCUAUUUCAGCGUCACUCCCGAGCACUCGCGGGUGGAGCGCAUUGUGGUUAGCAAGGCCAAAGGCGACUCCGUGCUGCGUCAAAGCACUCGCUCCAUGACCAUCGAUCUGCUGGUGCCGGCCACUCCCCCCACCUGCCUCAGUCUCUGCAAUCUGAUACAAGUCGCCUACCAGCUGGAAGUGGAGGCCUUGAUAAAGAGCCUGCGGGAGCAGCAGGUGAUGACCAUGCCAGUUACCAUCGGCACCAUACCCUUGGCCGUGGCUGGCGUGGUGGUUCAGCAACCGCCCCGUCGGAGCGCCCACUAUGAGGCCCCAUCGAACAGAAACUCGAACGAUGAACUGCCCAUAGUAACGGCCAUAGCCAAUGUGCCGAAUCAGCUAACCCCCAGUUCCGCAGAUAUACCUCCCCCCGCAUAUGAGGAGUCGAAAUACACGGUGCGGGGAAACAUCAACGAGGAGGAACUGCACGCCUUCGGAGCCAACGAAUUCGCCCCCUUGUACCCCAUUUAUAGUAUGCCCAGUCCAAAGCCGGUUCUAACACCGAAUAGUCGAAACAUCGGUUACAUCAACCAGACUUUUGAAAAGUGAACGCAUGCGCUGUUCCAGCUCCAGAAUAGUUCUAAGGUUGUUGCGUACGCUUAAUAUUAAAUCGGGGUGAGGCUGUAAGAUAUGAAACUUUAUUAUAUAUUUCACCAAGCAGUGCAUUUAUACCCUAUAAUUGGAGAGACGAGGGUGUGUACCUUUUGUGAGAAUCCAUGCAACACUAUAGAAAUGUAAAAAUACUCCUAACUUGUAUAUUUCAAAAGCUAAGAGCACCAAAUUUUUGGAUCGUUUAUUAAAUGGAAUAAUAUAUCAGAUAAUCAAAAUUGAUAAAAAACAAAAAACAUAUUUUUUGAGGCCAAUAAGUAAAAAAAUGAACCAUUUCUUGCAGAGUGUGCAAAAGUCGACCGUGAGGGAGACAUUUUCGUGGGGGUAGAAAAUAUUUAAUGUCCGGGGGUGUUUCCAGCAAGUGGUGUGCUAUACACACAGAGAAAUCUUGCAUUGUAGAAAGAAAUGCAUUCUUAAAAAAAUGUGAAUUCUGAUUUUGCUUUGGUUUGAAUAGGUGAAAUUCUUAGAAAGGAAUAUUAAUAUGCAUUCAUUGUUAAUAAAGUGUACAUAAGCAGAUU